AUGACAAUUCCGAAAGCGAAUAAAAACGCAAAGCAGCAUGAAGUUGUCAAGCCUGUAUUCAAUCAGAAGGAGUUGCUGGAAAGGGACGAUGCCACUAAUCUACGGCUCCUAGAAAUUGCUUACGCCUCAAUGGUAAUUGCCGCUGCUGCUCCAACCACCGAAAGCUCUCAAUCAGCAUAUAAUUCUCCCGUAAGUAGUACAGAGUUCGAUGCAUUUUUGCCGAUUUAAAACUGGCAAGCGUUCCUUUAUAAUAAAUUUUUAUUAGAACUAAGCCUAAAACAUACUUGUUUAACUGCAUGAAUUUUUUGAAAAUAAUGGCAUUACUUAUCAACUUUUAUAAGUUGGCCUACGCUUCUAAAUGUUCCAGCGUAUUGCCCUGGAACGACAUGAGACAGUGCAUACACUAGGCUUUUACACCCGGAAGAGAUGAAGGUUUCAUGUAUGGGCUCCAAAAAUAUGCAGACAGUGCAGUAUGCGUGCAUUCAAACAGUAAUUUACAAAUGCAUUUGAAGUUAGAAUUCGUCGAGGCCGGAGCAACGUAUGUUGCCACUUAUUGGAAAAAAUGGUCGUUAAAGGAGUACAAAGUCCCCAGUCUACCAGAGGAAAUGCAGUUCGUUCUGGACAAACACGGUUGCAGCGGAAAAUACUCCUGAUUCCCACGCAGUGAUCUUUGGUGAGUGAUGUUGUGUUAGGUAACUGGAACAGUCUACCACCGAGAACUAACAGUCUACUGUAAACGGGAUGUUUGGGUGGCAAGAUCUAGAAUUUCCACUAUCGUCGUCGCGCUUAAUUCCCGUUUCGUGCACGACGGCAGAUAUUAGGAAAUGGACUGCUGACGCAUGAUCUUCCUCAUUCCUCGCGUUAAGCUUAUUUUGUUUUGCUGAAGUCCGUCUAACCAUUCUACUCAACAUUUGUUGAGGCGAUAGGGAUAAUUUGGCGGAGACGAUUACUAAUCCAUAAUGCUAAAUAUCCAUAACUAUACAUGCAAGCCCCUAAGGCAAGCGUGCCGGCUGCUCACAAGUUGGUUAGCUCCUGACAAGAAAAUCCCCCUAAUAGCCUCUCUGAGUUACUAGCCCAUAGAACAGAGAAUGAUCGACUAUGUUUGAAAUUUUUCACCUUGACUUAAUGCGCAUCAAUUUUUUCGGUUUUUCCGACUGAAAAAAUACCGUUUGCACGUUGUUACCCUAAUACUGAAAGACAACCUUCUGACAAACAUAGCUCACAAACAGUAAAUAUCCACCCAGUUUGCUUAUUAGUCAAUAAGACUCAUCUAAGUGUGGUUUUGCUUACCUAACCAUUUUCAGAGUAUGCUGUUUAGUGUUUAAUGGAGCUUCACUAGAUGAGUAAGUUGGCUAGCUGUUCAGAAUUAAUGCACUUUAAAGGCAUGGAAGUAGAAUCCAUUCAGAGUCAUAAAAAGGGUGGCCAGACACUUCUCAAACUUAAUUACACGGAAACUUUAAGAGUCAUUUUUCCCAUUUUAUCGGACUGCCCAUCUAUCAAAAGGACAAUUUCUAAUUACACGUGUCAUUUCCCGACUUAGUUCACCUAAUAAAUAUGCUUCCAUCGUGGGCAACUUUUCGUGCAUUAUUUACUCGAAUGGACACGUUCUCUUCUUGACGGAGGCAGGAGCAGUGAUUGCAGUCGGCAUCUGCUAAGCUUCUGGUUUUUCGCUACCCCCUCUAUCGGAAUGUCCCAGCACCGUAUGAUCAACUGGUUAGGCUAUAUUUUUCUUAUGCGCGGUUGGAAAUCUGGAAGUUGGCGGGUGAGUCAGUUUCCGCCGGACACAGCUUUGGCAUGUCACAGCCUGACACGAUAGCUGCCAUAGUUGUGAUGCCGCGGCAGCUGCCGGCAACGAAGGUGUUUGCCCCCACGAAAGUGCGUGCGACAGGCUCACUCCGGUCCAUUUCCUCGAGUCCUCUGAGCAGCAGCAGCCGUACUGACGGCGGAGGCAGUUCCAUGAGACACAAGUAGCAUCUCCUUAAAAUAUUCAAACACUUUUAGCUAGCAUGUAAUCAGUGACAGCAGUGCAGUGAGGACUUUCAGCCAGUCUGAUGGGCUGUACACAGCUGACGUAUCUGAGCAUUCAGACUCGUCUUGGCGUGUUUUGAGGCAGCUUGACCGCGAACUUCUUUCCCCAAGUUGAGCGCGAGCAAAGGCCUUCAGGGAGGAGGUAUUUUGCCUCUGAGGCGCACUUAUCUUAAGUCAGAAGCGUCAACUCUUAUGAAUAGGUCUCUCAAGGAGUGGUUUUGAGUACAACAAAAACAUUUCAAAUCCGACCGGUAUGAUGGUAGGUCACGAAUUUAUUUGCUGGUAGCCCGCACACUACAGGAGGUAAACACUUUUAUCAAGACAGAGUGAUCGAGAAUUUUAGGCAGAUUAAGUUAUUUUCAGUAAGGUACAGACCUCCGUUUUCGCUAAAGGCACUAGCAACUUAAAUUUAACACUCAAUGGUCUUCGUGGGUGCGCGAGCACGAAAAUAUAGGUGAUAUUUUGGGGCGACAGUAUGCAGAAGGACCCCACUUUACUGUCGGUAGACUGUGCCUCGUGUCAUACGUGAUUGGUGAUAAGGGGAGUCUUAUGGGUGGGCCAGCACACUAGACAGUAAGCUGACGAAAUGCAGGAAAACACCGAAAUUAUUUGUUUCUUCCGAAAGACUAAUUGUACGCUUUCGUACGACAACGGAACUGAGCGCGGUAAUUAAAAAAUAAAAAAAGUAAAUUUCAAAAAAUAAAGGAGUUUGAGUGAUGGUUUGAAGUCAUGGCAAGUGCUUGUUAUUGACAGAAUAAUGUCUGCAGAGGCCUGCGAAUGGAUGUCAAGAUAAAAGCCCAUAUGACGUGAUUCACAGUCUGCCGUCCGUUAAAUGGGAUACUUAUCGAUACCGUUGUCCAUUUUGGACUGCCAAUCUCAAAAUUUUCGUCUUAAUGACCGAUUUCGACGUGGUACACUAACUGAUAUUUAUGAAAAUGAUCGAAAAUGGAUGAUGGACUUUGAAAUGUGGUUAUAAAAGAGUGAGUAAGCGUUUUUAAAACAAAAAUCCAGAAAAUUCGCAAGAAACCUUCUUUACUCACAGCGGCUGAGACAGCAUAAAACUGCGGAACCAUACUGAUGACAGCACUGACCAGAGUUUUUGGAUUUUUCUGUCACUGUACACCAGAAACCGUGCCAUGAAUGAAAGCCGACCGCUGGUGCACCGGCGUACUGCGGAGGGUACGAAGAAAGUCACACCAGUUUGGACGGUAUGAUAUCGCAGCGAGCAAGUCAGAGUAAAGGGUGUGGAGAGCAUAAUCAAGAAUUCAAUAACUCAAGGGCAUUAAGCGCCGUGAAGUGCUUGAGAUGCACUAGUAGGAAGAGCGGUAUAUGAAGGACACGUUAGUUGGAGAUUAUCGGCGAGAUCCUAUUUCGUAGCCGUACCUGUUAGGGGUCAGGUAUUAGACUGGGGCUUGCGUUCUACAAGUACGGCUAUGAAAUAAGAUCCAACCAGAUUAUCCAUCCUUAGGAAACCAGGAAAAUUGGCAGGAAACCAGUACAGGAUAAAAGGGAGAAUAGGGAUCUGUCAAUUGCCAUCUUCAAACCAGAAAGUUAUGGUAGGGACAUAAAUGCCGAAUGGAAUAGAAAAUUGUAGGAAUUUAAUUAAUAAUGGAGUUCGCCUCGGAGGGGGAAUGAGGGAUUUAAAGAUGGGGUGGCAUCAAGCUACGGAAAUUAUGAGACCUCAGUUGUAAAAGUGUCAAAAAGUCUCGGAAAUGAGCCGAAGCCUCAGUCGAACAUCACAGGACUGACCUCCACCUUUUCAGUAGGCGAGCAUCCGCCGAGGAUCCUGAGAUGAGGCAUGGUUCAAGCCCUCCAUAAAGAGCUCGAGAUCAACCCCAUUUUAGACGGGGCGACCAACAGCCAUAACGUCUACAUACGCAACACACAGGCAGCCUUUGGGCGACCUUGGGCCGCUCAUGUGAAGCAAACAGAAGUGGGGAGAUAAGACGGGACCCUCAAGUACUAUAAGGCUGCUAGGAAGAAGAAACGACUUCUGUUCGCCUCUGCCUCCGAUUGACUGCGACAGAAAAACGUCAGUGCCUGAUCUUAUAUGCGAGACGGGAAAAACGAUGAGCAGGUAUCUAGAGCAAUUCAUUCAGUGAGUUUCGAAAGAGCGGAUGACCAAGAAAUUAGAUGAAGGGAGUUUGAGCCGAAAUUUUUAGACUUAUAGGUAUAGGGAUGAUCUAUAUCGGAACUCAAUUUUGCACCUUGGAAUUUUAAGGUAGGAAAGCGAAAGUCUUUCAAAUCUAAUCAUAACAGUCUUGUUGGUGGAGACAAAUACCGUCAUAUAGCAGGUCAAAAUCUGUGUUUGGAAACGCCUCUAAGACAGCCCGAACAUAUGUGACCAUUUAAAGAUUUAAGGGUAGGAGCAAUACGAGAUAUAAAUAUCUAAAGCAGAUGAAUUUUUCUGGGGGAGGGACAGUGAAGUGUAAUUUUCUGUCAGAAUUGAAAUUAAUCUAGACGCAAUGGGAUACAAAAGGUGAGCCAGACGGUUGAGGCCUAUCUUUAACGGGAAACAGCUUAGGACAUUUAAUUAGAAUAUUCGCAAAAGAAAAAUCGUCAAGAAUAUUGAAGGAAUCAAGAUUGACGUUACCUAAAAGAGUGAGGGAGCGUAGGCCCAGGAUAUUAAAAUGACCGUUUAAAGGUAUGAUUUCAACAGGGCAGUUAGUUUUUCGGAAAUAACAACCAAAAAGCGGACUUACACACCCGCAGAGAUUAAGGCCGGCGUAUAACUACUAAUAGGCAUGCUGCUUAUGAUAUUAUUUAGCCACCACAGCGUGCACCUAACUGAACUACCUUCUACCAGGUCAUCAGAAUGCGAGAAUGAUGGCUUGAAGCACCUACAUCAGUACUGAUUGAUCAAAAUGGCGAAUCCUCUACCUCUACUGCUUUUUAGAGACUUUAUAUAAUUUUGAAAACUACAGAAAGACAAAAGAAUAAUCGAUUACGAAAUAAUGUUAACUUUAAGCCUUUCGUUUGAAGACUAAACACUCACGUUUUGCUGCACUCUUUUGAUGACAGGUGACAGUACAUAUCACCAGUCUGGACAAAAGUGGGACGACAGUUCAUCAAAAAGGCCUUAAAGGUACGACGGCUUUUCCUGCUGAAGCUUGAGUGCGAUUUGCAACCCGCGGCAGUAUUUUACGUGUAUGGCCAUUUGUUGAUCGGUAAAAUUUGGAAGGGGCACCGAGAGUUCACAAAUGUGACCUCUUGACCACAAAUUAUAGCUCUGUUCAUCAAAAACAAAACUGGAAGAAUUUGCCACCAGGUUCCGCGAGUAAAUAUGUCCUCCAAAACUGUGUCCACACUGUAUGCUGAGAACCUGGCAAACGUCGAGUAAAUACGUCUAGUAAAAUAGGUAAAACUAGCACAAAGGCAGAAAAGUAGUCCAAGAGGGACGAAAAACGGGAAAAGAAUGCUCGAUUUCAAACGUUCGUGUUUCGAAAUUUCCUGCAACAAAUAGUGAUAAGAAAUGAGAUAGAUGAAUCCUUCCAACGCAUUUUCAAGGCUUCGCCCCCACAUCUUCAAAUAUACUCAAGAGAAAGCCGACCACAUAUAGUCAGGGAUUUCUAUCAUCGAAAAAUUAUGUUCAGCGAGCUCAAAACUGACGGUUAUAUCUGUUAUUUACGGGAAGCUUCGUUUGGAAGGCAAAGCAGCCUUUUUUCAACCCCAACACUCCCACUUUCACCACAUAAGUUGAUUUCAAGGACUUGUGAAUGCCUUGCAGUAGAUGGUGGCGAGAACCGAGAUGAAUCAAAAUUUCUAGUCCUAGAAGGAUUCCGUCACUUUAACGUGUCCACCCCGUCAGUCAUCUGAGGCGGUGUAUCAUGUAUUUGCGAACGCCCUCUGAGGCAAUCCGAACUAAGUGCAUCCUCUCGUCAUAAUGCCAGUCACUGCUGAACUCAUUUUGUGGACACAAGUGCCUGCACGUACAUGUGUGGGUGCGUUCAAAGGGGGAGCUGUCAAAAAGUCUACCACAGUCUCAGCGUAGAUUUGGACAUGCUGAGGGGAGCAGGUGCUUGUCAUCACCGCACACACACACACACGCACGCACAGUCACCGGGCUGAUGACUCAACUUCAUGAGAGCAUCCACGCAGAUUUCAGUGUUCUCACAAUACCAGUAACCCCACUCUUCGUAACCCAGUUCCUCCUCAUUUUCAGCCUUAUGCCAUUUGGCCUGGGAUACAUCGAAAACGUAUGAUGUCUGUGUCAUCACUUCCUCACCCUCCCCCUCCCUUUGUGCAUGCGACGACCUUGGGUAGACUGUUUUGGGUGUCUUUAAUUUGCAAGAAUUUGCAUUGUAACCAGCCCAAAUAAAUUGAUAGUAGCGUCUGUGGGCUAUUCUGAUUAUAGAACGGUUGUGUUUUGCCUUGGAGUUCCAAACUAGGACCUUAGCAUAUGGUCCCAUAGAGACGCGAAACCAGUAAUAGGGUGGUGUGUCGACGACAAACGACAGUUAUUUCAUCUUAAACUAUGAUUUUCGCCCUGUGGCCCACGGAGUGCUGGCCGCAGGAUGGUAACUUGCGCGCGCAUUAUUUUAUGACGAGGCAGACUUUCGAAGCCUCUACCGCACCUCUUCCCCAACCCACCUUACUUCAAUGGUAAGGCAAUGUUGGGACGACCGGGGGUGGCCCGUCUACGUGUGCCGCACGCGAUCAGACUCUCACGAGAACGGCGCGGGUUCAAGUAAUUGGGGUACUGACAAACACGGCUUACAGGUCGAGCACAUGUGUUUCAGUUAGUAGAACACGCGAAGGCAAAUAGGUCAUAACUAGCCACUUCAGGCUUUCAGGAUCUGUCCUUGUUUUUACAUUCUAAAGUGGAAUUGCAUAAAUCCUCAACCAAGCAUCUUUGAAGCUGCGAGGCAGUACCCUUAUUCCAUACAAAUGAGUCGAUAACAAAUAGUCAAUAAACAAACAAGCAAACGCAAACGUAUGAUUUUGUGAAGUACAUUAAAUAUGUUUAAUUUUGACUUCUUUGACAGAUUUUAGGCUAGCUUUUCUUUAAAUAAGAGUUAAAACAGAAAUAUUUUAUGACGUGCACUAUGAAACGUCUCUAAUAACUAAACAAGACGCUAAUUGUAAGUGGUAUUCAAACUAACCAAUUUUCAGGUUACCACUCGCUUAACUCAAAUUGGCACGAUGUUGAUGUCGAUACGUUCCAGUAAAUCGAGUAGCUGUCCUUUGCUCCCCGAAGGUUUAAGGGCGUGUACAACGUGGUCAACUCAAGCUUCUGGUCGGACCACUAGUUAAAACUAUAAUUUACGGCUUCGGAAUUACGGAGAAACAAUAAAGGAGUGGGCGUCAAAAUUAGUCAGGUCAGAUUAUAAAAAUGAGAUACUUCUUUAUUUAAGUAAUUAUUGAAUGAUAUAUCAUAAAAAACCUCGAGAAAUUUGAGAACAUAGAGGACGACACCGAAGACCACAGGGAAAACUGCCCGAGAAGGCCUUAAAAGAACCAACUCAAAACUUUGGCGGUAUGCUCUGUUGUCAGACUAACUAACGGUUAGUUUGAAGGAUUUGCUAAACACGGGUAACUGCGUACUGAAUUAAGCAAAACAGUUGAAAUUGAUACGUGCAUGACUAUCCCUAAUGGCCUUUUCCAACAUGCGUUCGGAUUUGGACAUUUCACGGAAUCUUCCGUGCUUUACUUAAAGAAUUUUAUCGGUGGAAUGCUUAUCUGCGUCCCAGUUGUAUGAAUAGUUAGUCGAUCGUUUUUUCUCACUCUUACACAUAUUCAGAGCAAACCUAGAAAUGAGUGAACCGCUGAAAAGAUUGCUAGAUCUUAUGGCCUGUCCAUCUGGCCAUGGUGUGCUGAAUACUGUAAGCGUCUAAACUACCUUUGUCCAUCAUUGGUUAAAGGACAGAAUAGAAAGAAUUUAGUCGCAUCUGUCAAUUCUGGCUCGGGUAUUUUCCGCGAUAACCCAAAUGCAGUAGAUAGAGCAGGCUACCAAAAGACGUCGCCGUCAUAAAUAUGCUAGACUGAACUACUAACCGCUAUCAGCCGGCCAUACUCCAUCAGGAUAUGUCGGUGAGUGCCAGUCUCAUCUAACUUAUUAUUCUUGAGUCUAUUUAUUAGUCCCUCGAAUUACAUAAACGUGCAUGAGGUAAAUGAGUUAGAGAGGCCGACUCAGACAAGCGAUAAUUAUUGGACAUGCUUGGGAGCCUGUAAGCAUCAGAAAUAGACGAGGUUCCACCAUUGUAGUCCUUUAGGCUACUGUAAGAGUAGGAAUUGACUACGACCUCAAAUAUUUGCUUUUAUUUGUUAACAUAGACAGGGCCAAUCGCCAAACGAUCGGAUUAAGCUGUCUCGGACCGAUAAAAAAUAGAUAAUGAACGCAUAAUAUCAGACCAAGCCGUCUUUCUUUUCACUCUUGUUCCCGGUCAAAUUUUGGGGAGCACUUUGAUGAAAGCCCAAAUUCCAGUCUAUAAAACGUAAGUUUUUCCACAUCCCCGUGAAACUCGGCUCCUUCCUAAUGUUCUACAAGCGCCGUUUACAUAAGUCAAAACCAACGAGCGCUGCAGAAGUAUUGGGUCGUCCCAUAUGUUCGUACGCUUUUUAAUUAUCCAACAUUUUAUGAUGUCAAAAUCUGUUUGAUGUGUUCAUAUCGUAGGUGAUCUUGUUCCUCUAUCUAAGCGGUUACAGAAUUUAUUCAUAAUUUUUGGUUUGAGUUAAUUGUCAAUAAUUUACAAUCCAAAGAAAAUGGAGUGUCAAGCCGGAAAAUGACAAACAUUUCCGACAUAUUUGGUUCGAGUUUGUUUGCGCCUCAUUAUUGGAUCGACAUCGUCUCCCCCGCCAAAAUGUAGAACCUUUUUGAGGCUUAUUAUUGGCGACGAAUAACGGUGCUUUUACGUGAAUAUGAAGCAAAGUAAAGAAUAGAUAUGCCCAUCAAGAAAGCAACGCUUAGAACCAAACUUCAUUUUUCUCACAAGGGGAUGCUGUUUGUCUGGUGGGAUAUGGAGGAUUUAUCUACUAUGAAUUUAUUGAUAGGAACCAGACAAUUAAUGCAGAGCUUUACAGUCAACAGCCUCGCCGUCCAGACGAAGCACCUCAAUAAAAAAGCCCAAAUCGCCGAAAUGGUGCAUUUUGCAGCCUAGCCACACCAGGCACAUGUCCCAAAAUUCACUAAAAAUGUCACUGAAACACUUGGCUGGGAGGUUCGUUCGCGCCUGCCAUAUUCUCCGGACCGUGCUCCAUCGAAUUAUUAUCUUCUUUGGCUACUCGGAACAAUUUGGUCGGAGUAUCCUUCGAUAGCGACGCGGAUCUUCAAAAUUGGAUAGAUGGCUUUUUUGAGUGAAAACCCGCAGAUUUCUUCAAGCGCGGGAUUGAAAGCUGCCUGAAUAUUAUGAUUUGGUUGUGAAAAACAAAGGAGAAUAUAUAACUGAUUAAUUCUGUGAAAGACAUACAAGAAUAUGAUUGCAUUUUAAAUAAUCGGAAAACGUACAAACUUAUGUACAACGCAAUACAAAAAGGCAGCCCGUUAGGAGUCAACGAAUUAACGCCUCUAUGAAAGGAGCUCAACCGGUCCAAGUUCUAUUUCAUGGUACCUGUUGGAGAAAGAUGGAAAAAGGAAAUCGAAAAUGUUCUUCCCACAGAUGUCAACUUAAUCGCCAAUCAAGAAGCAACCACAAUUGACCUUUACAGUUUAUCUUGCCUUUCUCAGUAAAAAUUAUGGAAAAAUACUCUACCAUCAGGGAAGAUAUGAAGAAUACGUUUAUUUUCGCAGAUUACGUCGCAUCUAAUAAGCUUGAAUACAAGUUCGUUUGUUAUAGCUGGGCAAGGCAUUCAGCUGCCCAUCUCUACUUGCCUGUUUGAACUGCCCAAAAUGACCACCGUGGAAAACGAAGAUGUUCACCACUGCUCCACGAAAUGGUCCCAUUUGAGGUGACUUGCGCGUGAACAGUUUGACAGUGAAGAAGACAUGUACCACAGUUAUCUCACUCACACAUCUAAACACCCCGUCUACACGUGCCGAAUUCGGCCUGAACUUCCAGGCAACAUUACGGGCUGUCCGGAUCUCGAAUAAGUGAACGUGUCAUUAUGGUCACAGUAAGGAAGAGCCAUGGAAGCCCGAACCUCGGUUUUGAGUACGGCCCGGUUACCAUGUCCGUUGGCAAGCUCCUAAGCCACUGAUCUUAGCUCGUUGUGAAAGAUUCAAGCGUGUCAUAUGUAGUCGAGUAAGGAAUGCGUCGAUGCUCCAUGGGAUGGAUUCCCCAUGUCAACCCUGCUUCCUCUUCCAAGCGCCAAUCGACUGCCUGAGCCUGAUGCCCAACUGGUGAUGAGACUGACAAAUCUGAAACGUCCAAGUUUGUCACACACGACCUGGUCCCUAGUUAAUAGAGCUGGAUACACCGUUGGACAUGCAUCGCACUUAAGUGAGAUGUGUACGUUAUGACAUACAGUCAGUAGCCGAUCUCAUGAAAUAAAUUUGCGGUUAGGAAGGGUUGCUUAAAUGGAGCUGAAUUAUUGAUUAUCGUGCGGGAUAAUCCCAUGAUGUUUCAGACACGCUAAGAUGUUGGCUUUUGAAUGCACUACUGGUCGACCAACUGUAAAAAGCCCGCCCGGUAAAAAAACGACCAUUUAUUUAGCAUGCAUUGUUCUACUGAUUUUCGAUGUCCAUAAAAACUAAGAUAUAUUUAACUAAAAAGCUAGCCGAAAAUAUCCUCGUUUAUACUCACUUGAUAGCAAAUUACAUCUUCUUCAAGCAAUGUGCUCGAAGGUAGGUUAUCGUUCGAUUUUAAAAACUUUCUAACUCUGAGAAUUUUCAAGACCGUGCAAUGUCAAUUCAAAUACCAUCGUAUCGAUUCAUUUAUUAAUGCUCCUCGCAAAGUAUACAUCACAGUCCACGCUUACUGCAAAAUUUUCUGAGUACCAUAUGGUAUGUUUUUAAUGACAUAGAAGAAUGCAUGAUGCUCCUUACACGGAAUGCAUACAGCAUGUAGAUUGAAAAUCUAAGACGCAAAUGUAACGGACGAUCAGAUACAAAGGUAUUCAGGAAGUGAAAAACUUUAAACCGAAAUAUACUCUUCCUUCAAGCACAUGGGUUUUGAAGACGUACUUUGUUACCGAAUUAGUGCGAAAGGAAUGUUUUGGUUAUGUUUUCUGUAAAAUAUGUUCAAAUUUAUGAGGGUAUCGAAAUCAAAGGAAAAAUGUACACUCUCUAAGCAAUCGUUUUUUGCUGAAUGCGAAUUUUUCAGGCGACAGAUAAGAAAUUCAUUCAAAGGUCAGAAUUCUUGCGUGCCUGAAACAUUACGAGAUCGCGCUGCAUGAUACUCGUUAAUUGGACUCCACUUAAGUAAUCCUUCGUAGUCGACACUGCAUUUCAAAAUUUUAGGCAACAUAUCAUGAAGCUAGAUACUGACGCCUCGCCCGUCUUGUCGAUGCCGGCAGAAGUGAAGACUGGUGUGUUGCGAAGAGUUGCCGCACACGCGCGCAUUUUGGAUUAGGUUCAUCCGUAACCUAUGGGUGCAUACGUGCAGAUAGGAAGAGAUGUUGUGAUGGGGUCUGGACAGUGAUGUCUUGCUGAAGAUUUUUAUAGGGCGCAUACCAUUGGCCAGGUCCACGCAAUGACUGCAUGUCCUGGGGCAGCGUGAGCAGGUGAGGCAUGCGUAACGAGUGUGUGCCGGGGCUCCUGGCACUGGCUCUCUGGCCAUGGCGCGGUUGAUUCGCAAAUGGCCGGCCAAACCAGGAGUGGUCCGACGAUGCGGCCGCGCUGGGGCAGGCUGAAGCCCCGUCCACACUCCCGGUGGGAGGGGGCGAUGGUGAUGAUGCUGGUGUUUUGUGGGAUAGAAGGUGAAUUGGUCCCGUUGAAGUUGCACUAGGGUCAGAAAUGUUCUACGAGGCCAACCUUUGCGCCGAAUGUUCAUCGAGUGCGUUGACAUGUUGAGUGGUUUUGAGUGUUUACAACAUUUCCUCAUGAUAUUCAAGACUUGCGUGCCUUCGUUUGGCCUUUGGCCUCGUGUAUGCAAAGGGUCUUGCAGAUUGCUUCUCUACCCCUUACGGCAGUGAGCCCGGUCUUGCAAUCUUGAAAGACUGCUUUGCAGGGGCUUGUCUGAAGUCUCCAGGAUGUUCUUGGAGUGAAAACUUUGUCCGCCCUGUCUACGAGCGGCCUUAGUGUUGCCACUGCGGCUUGAAUGCCCGCUCGUCAUCCGUUACCAAGAGAUGGCCGCUUCAUUGUCGUUGCACCUGCCUCGGUAUGACGCAGGUACUGGGAGCUCCUGUUCUUUCCUGGAUCUGGCAUCCUCUCUUUCCCGUAUUCUGUGAAGGCAGUUAAGGUUAAAGCAGUUUGGUCUUCCUGCCUGGCUUUCGUACACAGCCCAAGCCUCCGGUCUGUAAAUGACCACCGUCAGUACUAUGGUUUGGCGUAUCCUCAGUUUUUAUGUUGAGGAGGAUGUUGAGACGUUUCCAGACGGAAUGCUGUAGUCAACCGAAGGUUUGGCUGACUUUACAGAUCUGACUUGCAAAUUGGUUAUUGAUCUCGCCAUUUUUUCAACACUGUACUCACCAGGCAUUUAAAACUGUCAACUAGUGCAAAACGAGUUCAAUUGGUAUUUGUAUGGCUUUAUUGCAAUCAGCAUUUUGAACCGACUGUUGCAUAAUUUCUGCCUUCUCCAGGCUGCCUACCAGUCCGAGGUUGGAGUAGCUGGAGUCAAAGAAAUCCACACGAAGCUGCUCAUCUUCUUCCAUUAUGGUGUUUAACGUGCAAUCACCGAGAAGAAACACUUCUCAUCGCAGACAGCAUAGUUUUCGAGUUCUUGUGCCUAAGAAUCAGUCAGUUCUUCUGCAUCUUCCCCAGCCUCCGGUGAACUAGGUUUCCGGACGAGAAGUGUGCCGCACUGUUAGCCUGGGUUGUCUUGCUGACGUAGGUUGUUUGUGGCCUGUUCUUCUCCGUCAGCAGAUUGCGUACUUGUAUGUCCUUGUUAUCAAGCUCAUUCUGGUGCUGACGGCCCCAGAGCGGAGGCAUGGAUGACGUCGUACAGUUCCUUUCACUCCGUUAAAACAGAGGCGUUAUUUCAGACGGAGAUACAGGCAAUCACUAAAAUUUAAUCGAUAUUCGAUCGUGUCCAUCAGUACAGUAGUUCACUUGUUAAUCGCCAUUUUCCUGCUUUCGAUUUACAUGGCUUUUGCUUAAACUGCAUAUCAGUCGAACUUUUUUACUCGCUAUAUACUGAUUUUUACUAUCUUUUUGUUCGGACUACGAUCAUAAGGUCAUAUGUUUAUCAAGCUUACGCCUUGUCGAAGGAAAAAAAUCUGCCAUAACUUUUGCACCGAAUUCACCAAAUAUUGUCAAUGAUAAUAAUAAUGCGGUUUACGGUUGAUAUGUCUCGUUAUUAAUCCUCCAGUGCUAUUUAUAUCGCAUACCCAAAGUUACUCACAGUAAGUGGAAGGUGUUUUGCUGAAGAUUUUGAAAGAUACCUUCGAAAUUAAGCGUAUUUCUCCCUUUCUCUAUGUUCCUUAAGGUCACCUUGGGGAUUACAUUCGAAGCCUCAUCUUGAAGAUGAUAAGGCGGCUGUCCAUCCAGCAAUCUGCACCACACAUCGAUUUGAUCACUAUUACAUCACGCUGAUAUUGCCCCAUGACAAAGACAUGGCCGACCACUCGCGCGGGGGCGCAUCUACGUCGCCUUCUCCCGGAUCGGGGGGCGUGCGGUGUUAGUCCGGGAAAGGCUGUGUUCCGCCCAGGUCUGCAGGACGCGAAGGCUAUUGCUACUGCAGCAGCCGGCCCGUGACGACCAAACACUCCGUUUCAGGUGGCAUGAUCUGUGCCGACACAAGCAUCUAAAUCGCCACGGAAAACAAAUUUGCUCACCUUCGACAGCGUCGCGAGGAGGACGUGCAGGCCUUCAUAGAACUUGUCCUUCAAGUCGUCGAAGCUGGUCAUCGAGAGGGGGAGGUUGUUGCAGGCACCGACGACGGUGGAAAGUUCCUUCCCUCGGAAUUGCAGCCUCAUGAUCAAGAGCCGAUAGCUGAUGGCCUGCGACAGGACAGCCGUCCCACGAUAUCGUUCUUGAUAGUGUAAGCGACUCUGCCGUCUCAUCGCUCUGCUUCUUGACGUUUACCACAGAAGGAGAUGCGGUCCGCACCCACCUCCUUCAGUUGUCCUUGUUCAGGGAAGCGGGUCUCACAGACAGUCACAGUGUCCACUUUGACGGACCAUUUCUCAGGCGACCAGAGCUGUCCUACUUUCCGGUUGGCUGGCCAUUGGACUGUCUAGAAGUAAACAAACAUUCUAGACUGGCAGAGUGAGCAGCGUCACAUUGGCAGAUUGUGGGGAGACAGGGGAUGGAAACAUGGGUGAUUGCGUUAUGUAAUAUAUAUAUAUAUAUAUAUAUAUAUAUAUAUAUAUUCGCCCAGGAAAGGGCGCAUACCGACCCAUUGGCUUCUUGAAACAGACACACUUCGUAUGGGUGAUACGGGUCACAAACAGGCAACCACCUACUGGGUCCAAGCCGACCAAGCUGUCAUAGAAGAGGGAAGACGAUAGAAUCUGGGGGGUAGAUUGAUAGAGAACUGUUUCGGGCUUGUUUGCCUUCAUUCAGAUAAUCAUAACCCUGACCACCAGCUGGGAUCGGAAACACACAAAACGCGCUCACACACCUGGCGCAGGUAGUUCACCACUGGGGUCUACCACAUGGGUCAUAAGUACUUUAUCGAACCGCAGUUCAUCAGUGCCUCGCCACCUGCCAUUCUCUGUCGCUGCAGAUCGGGUAUUUAUUUACUCAGGAAUGGGCACACAUCGAUCCGCUGGUUGAGCUCGAGAGAGAACCCUAGGGCACAACGCGACGAGUGAGUUCCUUAAAAAACGACCGGUGAGGGCCCAUCUACCAUUAUAUAGUCCCGAUCGCGACCGCAGGACAACAAGCCCGUGGUUAAGUGAUUAGGGACGUUUGGCUUCUAACUAACAGGUCCCCCCCCUGAUAUGACACCCGAGUACAGUUAGAAGUAGUCAGUUUAUUUCUGGUAUUGAAAUUGCAAUCUGAAAUAAGUUACAUAGAGACAUAAAAAUUCUGCAAAAUCACACUUUGUUUAAACGAGCUAUCAUUUAGAUUUUGCAUUCAGAAGAACUUCCACGAUUACCGGGUGCCUAAUAGACCGAACUCAUCCUUGAAGUGAUGCGUCCAUGGUCUUUAAGCUCUGUCUGGUCUUAUCUCGAGGGUAAUGGCGCUGACCGUGUAACCCAUCACCAAGAAAGUGAAUUAUUCAGCCGACAGUUAGCAACUGUUCAACGUUGUAUCCUUGUCUGGUGCAUAGUCCCUUUUACAUGAAAAGGAAUAGAGACUGAAAAAUUCCGCUAUAUUCGUGCUGACUAUCCUUGUUCUGGACUGCCGUCAUUUCGCGGGCUGACGUUAUUUUUCCUGAAUGACCUCGGUCUCUUAAAACCCACGUAACUGUACAAGAGUUGUUUUCCACUGCUUGAUCGUUCUGGACUGUAUAUUUAUUAUGAUAAUGCCCGAGAACUAGUACUCAGUGUUACUACUACUAUUAUUAUUAUUAUUAUUAUUAUUCCAUACUAACGAAAUACACUGGAGUAUAUGACUUCGUUACGUUGGGAGGCGCCCUAAAUUAGCCUGGGCAGUCUGUGUGAUUACAUGUAGUCCCCCCUGUAGAGUUUUGGUUUGAGGGUUGGGAGGAGUAGUGAAAACUGGUUGAGGGAUUACGGGACAUAAAUGUACACAUACGUCGGACACCCUUGUUUGGUUUAAUCAGCCGGCCAGGGCCGGUACCGGUACGGGGUCACCGUGCUGUGAACGUCCUCGGGUAGCCUCAGGUGAGAACUGGGAGGAGAGUGAGAGGGUAUAAAAUAUCAACCGAAUCCAGUGUAUUGCUCAUAAGUGCUUGCUUCGACCGCUGUCGUGUCUCAUCUAUCCGGUCUAUAGCGUCAGGUCCAUGGUACCCCUUUAUGUGUACUAGUAGUUGUCAGUGUAUCAGCAGCGGAUACCUCCAACAGGGGAGGGGAGCGGCGGCAGGAUCAUAUCCAGUCUCGCGCCGCGCCAACUGGGACCCGAGCCAUCCAAUUUUUUUGCUAGAGCAUAAAAUCUUCGUCAGUGUCAGUUGUGAACCAGGGGGUAUGGUGGUACGCCUGGGUGCGAGGCCCCGCCGCGCCAGUCACGUGCAACCUCUACCGCCUCCGGUCUUUUUGACUCUGUCUUGACACGGGCUCUAAAUGGGGGAGGGGUGAGCGCAGUAGGUGCUCCUCAAGUCUGCUAUCACUAUAAACUGGUUCACGUGCAAGUCACCGUCCCUACCCUCGCAUUGUUGUGGAGCACACAGUGGACAUUGUCGGCAGUGAAAGUCGAACCUUCAGUGGGGGUGCCGUCGUGCCAUGACCAUGCAGCUGUGUUAACGAACUGGAGAUGGCUCUCAAGCUGUAACGUGGGUCAUCGCCCACAACGUCAGCAGCCCACUAGUUGGCACGGAUGCAGUUUCACUUGGAAAAUCAAACGGUGCUACUAAAUAGGGUUAAGAGGUCACUACAUUUUGCACAGCAUUCUCAGUAGGAUUUUCGUCCUGGGAAUCAACCAGAAUAUUGAGGCUCUUAAAAACUGAACACAUUGGAUGCAAGAUGACUGCAGAUAACUCUGGACUUGUAAUGGCCUAGCCAGCAACAAAACGACAUGCAGUUUCCAGCGGCAUUGCCAUAAAACAUUUGACACCCUGAGAAUUUUCGACAAUGGGAAACAGAGCAGACACCGACACCCCUAGAAUUUCGCUCAUCAGACAGUCACUUUUUGUGGAAUGAAUUUUAAGUAAACAACGACGACAUACUUUCGCGGGGCACUGCUUUGAAGUAACACAGUGUUAGGGACACAAAAAGUUCGAAAUGGGUCAAGUUAGUGGGCCUAGUAAGAGCAAGAUCUUUGAGUAUGUACACAUCUUGGACCACAAUUUUACUGAUUUAGAGACAAAUCGAAGAUGUCAUUUCGGCCGUCGUUACCGACUAUGUCCACCGUGUGCCCCACGGCAGGGCGGACGCAGCGAGGGUGAUUUGUGCGUGAAUUAGUUUACAUUGAUGCUGGACCUCACUGUCCCUUCCCUCUCUCAGGCACCAUUCCACCGUUCGAACCGGUCAGUCAACUGACACGAGAAUCGGACGCAACGACUGAUAGGCCUAAGGGAUCUGACUGCAAGUGCGUCACACACGACCUGACUCCUACACGCAACUUCACACAAAUGGAUCGGGCGACUCGGUGCUCACAUGCAUGAGAGUGUCAUAGAGGCCGCAUUAAGAAGGAGCAAUUGCGACCUUGCCCUCAGUCUAUAAGCCGUCCACGCUACACAAACACACUGCGAGGUCUGAGCUGAAUCGUCAGUUGGCAGCCCUCCAAGCCACGGCUUUUAGCGUACCGUGACAGUGUCAAGCGUGUCGGAUGGUUUGCAGUGAGGAAACGCUCUGAGUAUCGACCCCACUCUCUCUUCGCCUUUUCAUGCACCAGUCAAUUGCCGGGGCCAGUAAACCAACUGCUGUUGAGAUUGGGCGCAGUGACUGGCAGAACUCAAAACGACCUAUCUGCACCUGCUGCGCACGUGACCUGGGCCCCCACAACAUACCAGGAGUUCACACGAAAGGGCUUGGCUGCUCGGAUCUCGCAUGCGUCCGAGUAGCAUAAGUGCCACAUGGAGAAGGAUCCAAAGAUCACGACUCCCACUUGCGCGCCAGGUGCCCAAUCCAUGCUUGUGGUGUGUGCUGAGGGACGGGUUCAUAUUGAAUGUACUGGUGCAGAGAUAUGUAUUUGGUGAUGGGAUUUGAUCGGCGGUGUUUUACCACAGGCUAUCGUGUAUGCGCAUGCGGCCAAGUUUGAGUGGGUAGUGUGGGCAGUUGAGGCGAGUGCGGUGGGUGUAUGUUGAUUGGGCUCUAAGAACUGGGUGUGUAUCUUACGCCACGCUACAGUAAACCAUGGCCCUCGCAGCCUGGUGUGUGUUGGCAGUUCUCUGGCACCUGACCCCCUGCUGAUGGAGGCGUUUGCGCCCCCGGUGGGUAUACAGGCCGUGUGCAUGUUUGCCCAAUGUCUUGUGUCACCCCCCUCUUUCUGACCCACUUUUGUCGUUGGUUUAAAUCCUGGUCAAGUGUUUGUUGUGGACCAGGGGGUGUGGUGGUAUGCCUAGGCGCAGGACUGGCUGUCCCAGCCACCCGCGCCCUCUACCGCCUCCGGCCUUUUCGACUUUGUCUUGACACUGGGCUCAGGUGGAGGAGGGGAGAGUGCGGUGGGCGCAGCAAAUGUCUGUCCUCACUAUAAACUAAUUCACGCACAGGUCACCAUCCCUGCUCUCACCUUACAGUGAGUGCCUGAUCGCAUGAAAUGUUGGCUGAAAUUCUGAAAUGCGUUUUCGAUUAGAAAGGAUUACUUAGACGCGGUUGUAAUAAUGAUAAGUAUGCGGCAUAAUCCCGUAAUAUUUCGGACUCGGCAGGAUGUCAGCUCUUGAAUGCACCGCUUUUCAAUCUCCUGUAGUAACCACUGAUUUUCGAUGGUCUUCCCAAUCCGAAUAUAUUUUAUAGAAAUCCCGAACAAAAUAUGCUUUCCUUCAGUCGUUUGAUAGAGAAUAACGUAAUCUUUAUAUUUUAUACUCGAAGGAGUAUACUUAGGUCUUAAAUUGUUUUAUAAUUCCCGAAUCAUUUGCAGCCUGAUCAGUCCUUUUAUUAGCGCUUAGAGAUUUCAGUCUACAAAUUAUAUGCGCUCCACGUAAAAAAAUUACAUAUUCUUCUAUGCCUUUAAAAAUAUAUCACAAAGAUUCCAUAAAAUUUUACAAUAGAUGCGGAUUAUGUUGUACUUUUCAUGAGGAGCGGUGGUAAACGGACCGGUACGAGGCUAUAUGAAUCGACAUUGCGCGGUCUUAAAAAAUCUCAUAAUUAGAAACUUUCUUAAAACCUAACUAUACUCCUUCUUCGAAUAUAAAAUAUAAAGACGACGUGAUUCUCUAUCAACCGACUGAAGGAAGGCCUAUUUUAUUUGGAGUUUCUAUAAAAUAUAUUUGGAUUUUCAUGACCGUCGAAAAUCAAUGAGAAAAAUGCAUGCUACUUAAAUAGGCAUUUUUGUCGAGUUCGGUUUCUACAUAAGUUUGAAAAGCAGUGCAUUCAAGAGCCGACAUCCUUCCGAGUCCGAAAUAUUACAGGAUUAUGCCGCAUACUUAUCAUUAUUUCAACCGCGUAUAAGUAGUCCUUUCCAAUCGAAAACGCAUUUCAGAAUUUCAGCUUGCAUUUGACGAGCUCGGUCACUCAUCGUACUGUGGAGCGCACAGCGGACAUUGUCGGCGGCGCCGGUCGAAAUGUCGGGUGUAUGUUGGUACCCCAGAUAUUGAUUCGACAAGCUCUGUGCGAUGAAUCGACAAGUGACCCAUCAGAGUGAUGCGUAAUGUGCAUGUGCGGUGGCAAUGUGGACAGAAUAGACUGGGGACUGCUGAGUUGCUUUCAGUGGUGAUGCUGCAAGUGCUGGCUGAGCUGGCGGAGGGAGAGUCGGUAACGCUGGAGAUGGGGGAGCUUUCGGAUGUACAUGACAAAUCCCAAAGCGGACGCCAAGAAUAUAUUUCCGGGCAAAUUAAAUACUCGAAUGGAAGAACUUCUGGGUACUGGUAUCUCACACACAAAUGUGUCCAAUUUUGCGGCGUGGAGUUGAGGGGGAAGAAUAAAUAACAUGAAAUGACGGGUCACAUGAUAAAUUUGAAAGCUUUGAUAUUCAGAGAGAGGCAACUGAUCCAUCCGUCUUUCCUGCCGAGAGAGUUCCAAAGGUAUUAAGAGAGAUUGGGGGUAAUUCUAUCGCGUAUGCCUAAUUCCCAAACAGCAAGCAGUGUUACACCACCGCGCUUGCCGUCACAAAUGAACUUUUAAAAAUUCGUCAUCACAGAGUAAAACAAAGCCACUUUUGAACAGUGGUUAACUUUUGAAAAUACUAUUUGAAGCUCUAUCGUUCAUCCCAUCUCUAACGAAAUCAACCCAAACAGAAUAUUUAUCCCCGUUUGCACCUGUAGUCAGUGGACGAAAUGAAAUAACCCCGAGAAAGAAGACACUUCUGAGAUGUGGGACCCGAUAGUCUAUCUUAAUGUUUCAUGUUCAAAUCGAGUGUUAUCAUUAUCAAAGGCGGUAAAUUCCAAACAGAUGGCAAGGUAUCUUUUAAUCCGCGAGCAAGCGUCAUUAACUGCUUUUAAUGUUAGUUUGCAAAGUAUACGUUUCCCGUGACUCCUAGUAAGGCAUGCGGGAUACUUGUGUAAUGAGAUUAUCGGAUAACCACACGUCAAGUGUUUGGUCAGCUGCACCCAUAUUGGCUGCUGAGUCUGCAGGAGAGGCUUUUGGCUUUAGUGCAGUAUACAUCUGGCAAAACUCACCCGUCGGAAUUCGCUCCGGUCGUUCGUUCCCCUUCAACGGCCGCCUUAUCGGCAUCUGUACAUCCGGACGGAGUUUUACGCCUUGAGAAACACGAACGGUAGCUUUGGAAAGUAAGCGAUCCUGUGCCUGAAAAUCAUGAAUCCAACACCACUCAACGUCCGUCUUAGAUAGCAACAGACUAGACUUCGUUAAGGAUGAAUGUAUGCCAGAGCCAGGUAACGAACAAAUCGUGAUUUGACGGUUUUCGCCACCGCUGCUGCCGAAGCAUCAAUCCUGCUGUUUUCAUCGCCAAUAAAUUAAACCAGGAAAUAGGCCCUGUCUUCUCCUUUCAUGAAAAUGGACUGCGAAUUUUGCCUUAUCGUGUUUGAUGGUUGCCCCCAGUCUGUAUGUGGUGUAAGUUUUAGUCUGUGUUUGACUGCGAGCUUCAAAGUGCGAGUCCCCUAAACGCCGAUUGUCGGUGAGGGUGUGUGUGUGAGAGAGAACGGGCAAUUACGGCGCCUGCUGGACGGUUGUUUGUCUGGGAACUUUGCUUCCUCUAAUUUCCGCGGUGGUUGGGAAGGGAGACAAUGAUUGUCCUUAUCGAAUAAUUGUCAGAAAAAGCAGACCCCAAACGCAAGAAUGAAAUAUAGGUAAAAUGGAGACGGCGUGCUCAGGGGAAGGAUCCCACACUUACCUGGAUUUCAUUCUGGCAUCUGGGGUCUGCUUUUUGUGGUAAGUAUUCGAUAAGGACAAUCAUCGUCCCCCUUCCCCACCACCACGGAAACUAGAGGAAGCAAGCUCCCAGACAAAAAACCGUCCAGCAUGCGCCCUAAUUUCCCGUUCUCUCUCUCCUUAGCCCUCACUGAGAAUCAGCCUUUAGGGGGCCAGAAACGAUGAUGGGCUAAUACCAGCGCAAGCGAAAGGCCGCAGGAGCACCUGCGAUAGGCUGGAAGGACUUGCUGCUCAAUGCUCCGACGCAAUAACUGACAAAUUCCGAGAGGGAGGAAGUAGGGCUAGUAAAGACGGGAUGAUGAUCACGGCGAAGAGGUCUGUUGGAGUUUCAGAGGUGAGCGUAGCUGCCCCAUGGCUGACACUUCCUGAUGGCUCAAAGUAAUCCAGCCAACUCGACAUCAUUUUCCGUUUUCACCUACCCGCCUCUUCAUCGCCUUGCCUUCACGCAUCCUCUUUUUUUCGUCUGCUCUUAACGCCUCAUCUAUCGCCCCCGCCCCCCCCCCCAAUCUCCAGCCGAUAGAUAGACAGCAUGUUCGACAGACUGAGCGCUUCAUUAGGCCGCUGCGUGUUGUGUGCGUCGUCGCGACCUGAUUUACGCACCGCUCUUCCGCUCUUCGCUCACCUCGUCCCCUAGAGGAGUUUAGAACAAAGCAACGGGAAGUAGGAGGGGUGAAGAGCUAGAUCGAAGUUUUUGCGACUAGGCAACAACGAGGCAGUAGGGCCGCGAAGGCGAAUGGACAAGAUUAUAAUUGUCAGCCCAAUCAGGCAACCCAGACAGAAAAGGUGGCAGAGGCAGUGAGCAGUAUCGAGAUGCGACGAGGCCAAAGGGUCAACCAAUCAGUCUGCAAUCAGUCUGUUGGUAGUAUGCUGGACUCGUUAGAGGGAGACUCCACUCCUAGUGUCUUAUUCGUCCCCCCUUUUCUGGAUGCCUUAUCAGCCACUUAUUAAAUAGGCGGCUAUCAUUGCAAUUUGUCGAGGAUCAAACUCAACUCUCAAGACCCCCGGAUUGUAGAAAGAUCGCCGGAAUACUACGGAACUUCUUACCUGAGUUAAAAGCUCCACGUUUGUAUCCCCCCCCCUUGGUUUAUUACGCACUUGAUCAUUGUAUCGUAAGCGUUUUAGCCUGGGGGGCAUGCCAUGUGGGACAGAAUCUUAUCGCGGAGUACUAUUUAAAUUCGAAACCCAAAAACAUACCGUGCCCCACCUCCUUCGAUUUGGGUUGAUUACCGGCCGGUGGGGAAUGUAUAUGAGCACCUGCCUUGGACCAUCUUCCUAAAAAAUGCCUUUUAGUACCUUAAAACAAGCAUGGAGCGUAAAUAAAACUGUCCUCCUCUUAUAAAUUUGAGAACACCACGUUUACUCUUCUAAAAGCGCUCUCAACGAAGGUGCUGUGUUACGCGUGGUCCUGCGCCAUUGUUCAGGGGGAAAAUGCACACAACCGUUUCUGACCCAGGUGCCUGUGACCACUCACGUACCAGCCAACGAGACAAUAACAGACAGCCGUGGCACGGAUAUAGCAGAUAACGCCGGCGUACUUAGUCUUUAUUAAAGUAGACUACCAUACAACGAAUUUCGGUAAAAAUGACCAAGCUCUAGAUCCCUUUUGCAGCGCACAGUUUGCCAUUCAUCGUUAUUGCCGCUAUUGAGGAGAUGAUUCGUACAUUUACGUGAGGUGUACCGAGAAUGCCAAUCAAACUAAAAGAGUUAUUUGUCUCUAAUUUGAUAGUUUCAAUCGGCCUCACCUGAGUACCAGCCUCUCAAGAGUCAAGAAGCUAGUCCGCGUCAGUCGCUUCGAGACGAACCCUUCUCAAAGUAUCAAUUUGGGAGUUCACGCUCUGUUAGCCUCCAGGAAUAUCUUACGUUCGCAAAGGCUACAUACUUAUAAGUGGUCGCGCAUAUUAACCCUCUGCCGGCUUACAACGUCCUACGCCAUUACCCACACAAAUACCAGGACAAUAUGACUGUCUUAGACUUAAGAAAGCUGGCUAAAUCAUGCCCGACAACGAACUGCCCGGGCAAGGAACCGGGGGAAUCCCCAGACCAAAUGAGACCCACAGAUACUCAAGUGUUCUCCACCGACAUGAUCAGUAAGAGCACAGUCGAUUGUCAAACCCUCUAGACACCCGCCAUACCUUCGAGAAAACGAAGGAAGGAGAGAAUUGUCUAACUCAAGGCUGAAUAGGUCGGUAAGGCAUUUGACUUACUAUUCGAUCCCGUGCGUUUACCGCUUUGGUAGUGGUGGGCCGACCAAGCUAUUCAAGACUUCAGCACUAUAAUAACUAUGAUCUGGCGAACAACUUUUCCUUUCCAAAAUUAACGCCCAAAAACUCUUACCUUUGCCAUCCCGAACCUCCCUUGAUUUUAGGUCGAAAGGUGCACAUUAAAGCACCUUCAGUAACUAUGCCUGAAUUCAGGUUCUGGUCAUGAAGGUGUAAAAUUCCGUGGUCCACUGCUAAAGCAGUGAACUUAAAGCUUUAUAGUCAAAACAUCUGGGAUCAAAUCCCAGGUUAUUCAAAACUGAACUUGGGUAUGGCUGAUUGACGACGCCGAUAAGCCGCAAAUUGCUGCCUCAGUCGGCUCCUUUAUAUUCAUUUCGCAGCACUGAAUCUAUGGGUGAUCUAUACUCAACCUACUUACCAGCGUCCUUUUAUUUUGUUUCCAUAAAGACUCAGGUCAGGGUUAUCAUGGGCGUAUCCCAUUAUCUUCAGUUGUACCGAAUAAAAAUUCCAAAAUCAAGCAGUGAUCUAAAUCUCUGCACAGAUUUAUCCAUCUACCCUUUGAAACAGGAGAGAAAAAUUUAUGUUCCCCAUCAUUCUCAUUCCUACUUCAUUUUGACUAGAUCAUAUGGCAAAACGCCCAUUAUCCAAUACAAGUUGUCCUUCAAUAUCCUUUCGACUGGAAUCAAGCAGCCUUGAUGUGGAACAUGUAGCUUUAGGGCUUGCGCGACCGACAGCUAAGAAUAACAUACUGUCUGGGGUCUGUGCCUGCGAAGGCCGCCAUGGGGAAUAUCAGAGGCAGGGAAUACACACCAGGGUUUUUCUGUUCGUCCGAACUCACGCUGUUUUGUAUUAAAACUAGACCCACUUGGUGUUAUCCCGCUCUGAGGAGCGUGGACACAAAAGACGGUGGUUUGGUUCCAACCGGUGUGCAUAUGCCAUCGUACUAAUUAGCUCGCAGUUCCGAUCGACGCGUUGUUUUAGCGUUUCUCAACGCUGAUAUGGAGUUUAGUUUUAUAAUGAACCAUAACUGUUUGGCACCAGUGGCUCAAUGAGAGCAUAAAGCGCAUUCACCGCCAUUUCUCGGAACAGCAAACGUGUGACACAUGUUAUGACACUAUCCUAUAUCGGUUUGCUUAAAAUGCUGAUUGCUUACCUGCAUAAUGAAAAUAUUCGAAAAAUGAAUUUCUUUACUUCCAACUUUCUCUUUCCGAACAUUUACACGUUGGAGGCGGCAUAUUCAAUUUACUUCAAUGAGGUCGUCAGCAGGAACUUUGGGUUUGAUUAUCAGCGUUGACCUACCAGAAAUUAUUGUGCUUUUUCGAUGUUGUAGAAGUCAUCAUUGCUUAUAGUCUACAAGCAAGUUAUAUUUACGUACAUCUUAAGGUCAAAAGUCGACUUUACAAACCGACUGCCCACACAGGCUUCCAUUUUUGCCAAUGGUUUUGAGGAUGCGCCUCCUGUAAUGGAAGAGGGCGCCUAGUCUGGUUACUUAGCUUUGACCCCAUAGUCCCCUGUCGGGACUCCCUUGUGAGACGGACGUGUCAUCAUGGUGACGACUCUGAAGUCCCUUGUUCUAACUGGGACAUGGCGUGGUAAAAUUACGGUUGUUAUUGGGACAAGGAGCAGGGAUAGGGUGGACACUGCGGGUCGACAUAUUCGCUCGAAGAAAUUAUGAUAGAAUCAAACGUCGAGGGGGUUGCUUUCAUUAACGCCCUUAGUAUCCGCAGCAGAGGACAUUUAAAUGUUGUUUUAAAAGGAUCUGUUCCACCAGAAGUGACCUACUUCAUUAAAAAUUCCCUAUAGCCCAAAAAAUGACCCGGAAAUAGCCGAUGAAACCUCAGUUUAGAAAAGAACGAUCGUCGAAUAAGCAAAAACUCACAGGAAGUACUGAAACGAGCAUUAAUGUCGAUUGAAAUAAGGGAUAUUUUAGGAGAAGGUAAGUGGCAAAACUUGAAUAUUCGCGUCAGAUGGGUAAACCUAGUUUUUAGGAGUGCACAAUCAACAUCCAUGCAAUCAGCUUAGUAACUUUAAGCACAAUAAGCUUGAAAAAUCCAUCUAGAUAGUACUUAGGUGGGAUAUCCGCCUAGAACUACCGUAAUGUGUAGUAUAAUCCGACCCUAACUCCAGUCUUCUUAAUUCAGAUUUGACAACAGACCCAAAUGAGAGAAAAUGUGAGAGUGUGGUAGGAUGCAUCGAAAGUCUAGUGUCGCUAUAAACUAAUUCACAUCUAAGUCCCUUGCCCCGCGUUCAUCCGGAUGUGGGGCAGACGGUGUUACCGUCGGUAACAACGGUCGGACUGUCAUGGCAGCCUGUCAACUGCCGUCAUACAAACCAGACUUUUCAUCAAAGAAAGGGUCCCGUUCUUCCAAAAUAAUGUGCUCGUUUGUAUUACACCUGGUCGCAUUUUUGAUGAAUGAAAACUAGGUUGUAAGUUGGCAAAGAUUGUUUCGUCCGUUUAAAUUAGUCCCAUCUGCCUGGGAAGCGCACACAUGUAGUUUAUGGUAUUUAAUACCAUAGGAAACUGCCCACAUAUAAAAAAGGGAUUCGUUCCGUCAAAAAACACACAAAGCUAUUUCGCUUGAGAAAAAACGUUUUAACAUCACAACACACUAGACCAUUAAGUGGAAUAUGAGGUACCCUGAAAUGGCCAUUUGGAUUUCGCUAAGCACAUUUUACAAAUUUUUUCGCUUACCGUAGUUUUCGAGAAUAAAGUAGUCACAGCCGUUCAUCGUAAUCCCGUUGUACCGUAGAAACAAAACAAGCUUACGCUCGAGAUGAUAUCGUUUUUGGAUGAAAGACAGAGCAUCAUGGAUGUUAUAAAGCCGGAAAUUUUGUCUGUUCAUGCCUCAAGGAUAUAAAAAUUUUUUCAGUGUGCUCACUUUUCAUACAGUUCCUAUUGAAAUUUCAUUCAUCGUCUAUUCCCCCAGUGGAACAAAUUUUGAAAGAAUGACUAAAGACGACGUUCUGCGGCGUCACGACCGUGGGGUGAAAUCAAGCCGAAGGAACUGGGCCAGUGCUAGUAUAUUGUUUUCAUCCAACGCGUGGGCGUACAUGCGGGAUUUGACAUGGGUCGAAGUGAAAAAUUGUGAUUUUCAUCGGAAUUACCCUUAAUGUUGAUAUGGUUCUUUCCUUUUUCCGUAAGUUGGACAAAAGCUUGCAAUGACUGUCCGUAGUUACCACAGAAAAAAUCUACACACUCCCUUCCUUGUCAAGGCUUUUUGUUUAAGCCCUCCCCUUAUCAGUCUUGAGCUAGGAGGCUGGCAAUGAGUUGUUUACUUACGUGUCUUUUCAAACUCAGAGAACUCAUUCAAUGCACUUAUAUGAGGUGAAAGCAUCCACUAUCUGGGUCGACUCUUAACUGCUCCCCACGGACGUACGUCAAACACCAAGUACCAGUCCAUCAUUAUCGAUGCUUGAGCGCUAACCGGUAAACAUGCCAUAAUCGUCAGUCUAAUUUAUGGCUGGCAGUGACAGCUUCCUGUCCGCAAAUAAAAUAACUCAGGGCGUUAUCAGGUCCACAAACUACUGCUGCUGCUGCUGCUGCUGCUGCUGCUGCUGCUGCUGCUACUGCUGCUGCUGCUGCUGCUGCUGCUGCUGCUGCUGCUGCUGCUGCUGCUGCUGCUGCUGCUGCUGCUGCUGCUGCUGCUGCUGCUGCUGCUGCUGCUGCUGCUGCUGCUGCUGCUGCUGCUGCUGCUGCUGCUAACCGUCUGCGCACUGGGAAAAUGAACUGCCUGGCGUACAGUUGGGACACAGACAUCCCCCCUCCCCCUAUUGGCCUCCUCUGCGUUCGCAAAAGGCCACCGGGCGCCACCAUAUUAUGCAAAUAA